AUGCAAGUCGAAGCGGAAACAGGAGCGGAAGUACUCAAAGAAGAACCCAUAUUUGGAGUUCUUGACAUAAUUCUUUUCUUAGCUUUAAUCGGAGUUGGAGCUUGGUGGUUGCUCAAAGACUGGAAGAAGCCGGAAUUAACACAAACGAAAUCAUAUACGAUACAACCCUCGUCUUUGGGCACUCAAUCCUCAGACAAUUCGUUUAUACAAAAACUCAAAUCAUCCGGAAGAAGUCUUGUCGCUUUCUAUGGGAGUCAAACGGGAACGGGUGAAGAAUUUGCCGGACGAUUGGCAAAAGAGGGAAUAAGAUAUAGGAUGAAAGGAAUGGUUGCAGAUCCCGAAGAAUACGAUAUGGAAGAAUUGGUCAAUUUAAGAGAUAUCCCGAAUUCUUUGGCAGUUUUUUGCCUCGCAACAUACGGCGAGGGGGAUCCAACGGAUAAUGCUAUGGAAUUUUACGAAUGGCUACAUUCGGAUAUCGAUUUGACGGGAUUAAAUUAUGCCGUGUUCGGUUUAGGUAAUAAAACAUACGAACAUUAUAACGAAGUCGCCAUUUAUGUGGAUAAAAGAUUAGAAGAAUUGGGAGCAACGAGAGUUUUCGAACUCGGAUUGGGAGAUGACGAUGCAAACAUCGAAGAUGAUUUUAUUACUUGGAAAGAUAAGUUUUGGCCGGCCGUUUGCGAAUAUUUUGGACUCGAAGGUGCGGGUGAGGAUGUGAGCGUACGUCAAUAUCGUCUUACGGAACACGAGGAAUACAAUCCGGAAAGAGUUUUCACCGGAGAAGUUGCCAGACUUCAAUCUUUGAAAAACCAAAGACCGCCGUACGAUGCAAAAAAUCCAUUCCUUUCUCAAAUAAAAGUUAACAGAGAAUUGCACACGGGUGGAGAUAGAUCUUGCAUGCACAUAGAAUUCGAUAUCGAGGGAUCCAAAAUGAGAUACGACAGCGGUGACCAUUUAGCCGUUUAUCCUGUCAACAGUAGCGAAUUAAUAGAAAAACUUGGAUCCCUGUUGAAUUUCGAUUUAGACCGAGUUUUUACAUUAACCAAUACGGAUGAGGAAUCGAGCAAAAAACAUCCAUUUCCAUGUCCUUGUUCGUACAGGACGGCUUUUAGACAUUAUUUGGACAUCACAAGCAAUCCGAGAACACACAUUUUAAAAGAACUUUCGGAAUAUGCAACGGAUCCAAAGGAAAAAGAAAUGCUCAAAUUAAUGUCAAGCACUUCUCCCGAAGGUAAAGCACUCUAUCAAAAAUGGAUCAUCGAAGAUAAUCGUAACAUAAUACACAUUUUGGAAGAUUUACCCAGUUGCACGCCGGCCAUUGAUCACUUAUGCGAAUUGCUACCACGUUUACAAUGUCGAUAUUAUUCCAUUUCAUCUUCUGCUAAGUUGUAUCCAACGUCCGUUCACGUCACGGCCGUACUCGUACAAUACGAAACGCCAACGAAUAGAGUCAAUAAGGGAGUCGCGACGUCCUGGUUAAAAACUUUAGUACCGGCUGGAGGAGAAGGAGAAGAAAAAGAAUUUCCAUCGGCUCCUAUUUUCAUCAGGAAAUCCCAAUUCAGGUUGCCAACGCGAAUGCAAACUCCGAUUAUAAUGAUAGGUCCGGGUACAGGUUUAGCUCCAUUUAGAGGAUUUAUUCAAGAGAGACAUUUAGCUAAAGAAGAAGGUAAACCCAUCGGUGAUACCAUUUUGUAUUUCGGGUGUAGGAAAAAAUCCGAAGAUUUUCUUUAUAAAGAAGAAUUAGAAAAAUACGUCGAGUCAGGAACGCUUAAAAUGCACGUGGCAUUUUCAAGGGAUCAACCUGAAAAAAUAUACGUCACGCAUUUAUUGUCACAAAACGCGGAUGAAUUGUGGGAGGUCAUAGGAGAAAAUAAUGGUCACCUUUACAUAUGCGGGGAUGCGAGAACGAUGGCUAGAGACGUAAACGAUAUAGUACGAAAGGUUCUCAUUGAUAAGGGUAACAUGACGGAACAACAGGCUCAGGCAUAUUUGAAAAAAAUGGAAGCACAAAAAAGAUUUUCAUCGGAUGUGUGGAGUUGAAAAAAAUACGUAUCACGGAUUGAUAUAAAUGUUAUUAUUAUUAUUAUUAUU